AUGUCCCUGAGCGGGAGGAGGAGGAGACUUUGCUCUCACCGGGUCCUGUUUCUGCUUUCCGGCUUGAUCAUUUGCUCCGUGCACCAGCUGCUCACCGGCAACUUGGGGGUUUCAGCACCGCGGACAGCUCCCGGCGGCAGAGCCCCCAGCCCAGCUCCCGGCGGCGGAGCCCCCAGCCCAGCUCCCGGCGGAGCCCCCAGCCCAGCUCCCGGCGGCAGAGCCCCCAGCCCAGGGGGCGGCAGAGCCACCCGGAGCCGCAGACUCCUGCAAACUCCCGGCGGCGGCAGCACAACCCCGAAUCCCGCUCCGGACACCCCUAUUCCCGGGGACCUCAAUCCCCGGACUCCCGCUCCCUGGGCCCCCUCUCCCUGGGCCCCCGCUCCCCGGGCCCCCACACCCGGGGCCCCCUCUCCCCGGACCCCCACACCCGGGGCCCCCUCUCCCUGGGCCCCCUCUCCCCGGGCCCCCUCUCCCUGGGCCCCCGCUCCCCGGGCCCCCACACCCGGGGCCCCCUCUCCCCGGGCCCCCUCUCCCUGGGCCCCCUCUCCCUGGGCCCCCUCUCCCCGGGCCCCCACACCCGGGGCCCCCUCUCCCCGGGCCCCCACACCCGGGGCCCCCUCUCCCCGGGCCCCCUCUCCCUGGGCCCCCUCUCCCUGGGCCCCCUCUCCCCGGGCCCCCACACCCGGGGCCCCCUCUCCCCGGGCCCCCACACCCGGGGCCCCCUCUCCCCGGGCCCCCACACCCGGGGCCCCCUCUCCCCGGGCCCCCUCUCCCCGGGCCCCCAUCCCCUGGGGAUACUCCCCCUGGUCCUCCUUACCCGGGAGCCGCCCUCCCGGCCCCGGGCUCAGCGCCAGCAGCGGCCGCCCGGGGGACACCGACAGGGCAGCGGCCAGUGGGAGCCCGCGGUUAAAGGGCUGUAUUCGGGUGGGGGAUGAGAUCAUUCCCGCCCCCACUGCGACCCCCCCGGGCCCAGGGAGUAGCCCCGAAGCCGGGGAGAAGGAGCCCCCCCUCGGCCACACCAAGGGCGAGUACCCGGUGGAUGUGUUCAGUGUAGAGCAGCGCCGGCAGGGCUGGGUGCUGCUCCACGCCACCGGAAUGGUCUACAUGUUCAUCGCACUGGCGCUGGUCUGCGAUGAAUUCUUUGUCCCAUCUUUAGGGGAAAUUAUCGAGAAGCUGGAAAUCUCGGACGAUGUGGCCGGGGCGACUUUCAUGGCAGCGGGAGGCUCUGCCCCUGAGCUCUUCACCUCCCUGAUUGGGGUCUUCAUAUCCCACAGUAACGUGGGAAUCGGCACCAUCGUGGGCUCGGCCGUCUUUAACAUUCUCUUCGUCAUCGGAAUGUGUGCGAUCUUCUCCCGAGAAAUCCUGCACCUGACCUGGUGGCCCCUCUUUCGGGAUGUGUCCUUCUAUAUCUUGGACCUGAUCAUGUUGAUCAUCUUCUUCCUGGACAAUCUGAUCGAGUGGUGGGAGAGUUUCCUCCUGCUGUCCGCCUACAUCAGCUACGUCUGCUUCAUGAAAUUCAACGGGAAAAUGGAGCGCUGGUUUAAAGGCAAUGUCAUCCAGAACAGUAACCUGGUGAAAGUGAUGUCCAUGAUCCAGCCGUCCAUGGUGAGUGGGGGAUCUCCACAGGAAUUGGUCAAAGAAGAAGAAAAGGAAGAAAACAACAGACUUAAGCCCAAAGCAAUUCUAACUCGAGGAAGUAGCACACCGUCACUACACAACAGCAUGCUGCGGAACACUAUCUUCCAGCUCAUGAUCAAUACGCUGGACCCCUUGACUGAAGUGAAGUUUAAGCAGAAGGCUGAAAUAAUGAACAGUAUGGCAAAGGGCAAGGGAAAAAAGAAGGAAGAGGAGGCAAGAGAGGAGACAAAUCUUCCCAACGUGGUGAAUGUUGAAGUGACUCCCCCAACUGAUCCACCAAGUCCAUCAUCACCAACAGAAAGUGCUGAAGAUGAAGAAAAUCCCAUUAAAGAUCAGGAAACAAAUGAUCAGGGUGAAGAUGCUGGAAACGAUGGUGGUGAUGAAAAUGACAGCAGUGAUGGUGAUUCUGAAGAUAGUGGUGAUGACGAUGAUGAUGAUAGUGGUGAUGAUGGUGAUGAUACUGAUGAAGAUAGUGAUGAGGAGGAUAAUGAAAAGGAGGAGAAAGAGGCAACCAACGAUGAAGAACCUUUGAGUCUUGAAUGGCCAGACACCCGACGGAAACAAAUCACUUACCUGUGCCUACUUCCCAUCGUUUUCCCGCUCUGGCUAACGGUGCCUGAUGUACGAAAUGCAGCUUCAAAGAAAUACUUUAUUGGGACCUUUUUUGGAUCUAUUCUGUGGAUUGGUGCUUUUUCAUAUUUGAUGGUGUGGUGGGCCCACCAGGUCGGUGAGACAAUUGGCAUUUCUGAAGAGAUAAUGGGUUUAACCAUCCUUGCUGCAGGCACCUCAAUCCCUGACCUCAUCACCAGUGUCAUUGUUGCUCGCAAAGGUCUGGGAGACAUGGCAGUGUCCAGUUCAGUGGGAAGCAACAUCUUCGACAUCACAGUCGGGCUUCCUGUGCCCUGGUUGCUGUAUGCUGCCUUUCACAGAUUCAACGCGGUUCCAGUCAGCAGUAAUGGCCUGUUCUGUGCCAUUGUUCUACUGUUCCUGAUGCUGCUGUUUGUGAUCAUCUCCAUUGGCGUCUCAAAGUGGAAGAUGAACAAAUUCUUGGGCUUCACCAUGUUUUGCCUCUACUUUACGUUUUUAAUCAUCAGCGUAAUGUUGGAGGACAGAAUCAUAGUAUGCCCAGUUUCCAUAUGA